AUUCAAAAUUCAUGUACAUACAAAAACAUCCCCCAGCUACUUAGAAUUAAUCAUUCAUGCUCUGCACGUUCGAUAUCUACAGAAUAUAAGUAUUCAAGUCACCCCCAUAUUUCUAGACUAAGUUCAAGACAAAGAACUCGCAAUAAUCACUAAGAGUCUAAAACAUCACAUAAUUUCACAAUGGGUAGAACUAGCUCAUCAAGAUUUCAAGUUUCUUGUUUCAAUUCAUCUUCAUCGCGUGUACGAAUUCGUUCUAAACCUGUUCAUAGCAAAUCCAUCAAGUCGACUUCUUCAAAUUUCAUUAAGAAAGAUGAGUUAAUGAUGAUGAUUGAUAAUAGUACGAACAAAGAAGCCGAACAACGGAAAUCAAAGUUUGUGAUCGGUAGGAGAAUUAUGGUUGUGGUAGAUUUGAGUUAUGAAGUUGCAAGUGCAGUUCAAUGGACUUUAACACACACUGUUCAGAGUCAAGAUACAUUAAUCCUUCUUCAUGUCGUAAAACCCAAUUCUUCAAAGCAAUGUAAAGGAUCUGAGAUUACGCCGAUGAGUGCAAGGGCUUAUGAACUGCUUCAUACCAUCAAGAAUUUAUGUCACUUGGAAAGACCUGAGGUUCAAGUUGAAGUUGAAGUAGUAAAAGCACCAAAGCAAAAAGGUCCAACCAUAGUGCAACAAGCAAAGAAACAAGGAGUGUCACUGUUGAUUUUAGGACAACGAAAACGCACCUUAACAUGGCGUUUACUGCAGCUGUGGCGACGUAAAAGGAGUAGCUCCGAGGUUGUCGAAUACUGCAUCGAGAAUGCUAAUUGUAUGGCAAUUGGUGUAAGGAGAAAAAGCAAAAAACUUGGAGGAUAUUUGGUCACUACUCAACAUCACAAGGAUUUUUGGAUCUUGGCAUGAAAAAAGUUAUGUGUUACCCCUCAUGGAAAGAGAGAGUGUGUAUGUGUACAUGAGCAAACCUUUCAAUUCAUGCUAUACAUUACUACAAAUUUAGUUUCUUGUAUUGUAUUGCGGACCAGAAAAUGUCCUGGCCGAUGAGAAUAAGUCCUGGCGCGGAUUUGCGGUGCACAAAUUGUAUGUGUACCCUGAAUUCAAAUGUCACAAGUCAUGUAAAGAUAGUUGAUCAACAUAACAAGGAGAUCAUUUUAUGAAAAACUAAGUUGUUACAUGUAAUGUAAGUACGGAUGGAAUGGAAGUGUGAUGAAGUAAAACAGUUAAAAUUA